AUGACUGAUGUGAUCUGUGCGCUCAGCUCCAGAUGCAGUCCACCCCUCAGAUCUCCAUCACAUCCAGACUCAUGGAGACAGAAAUCUGAUCAUGAGAGCAAACAUAUCGACACGCGCUCACUUCACAAAUACAGAAGCUCGACUCAGAGACCUGACAGUGUUCUAAAACAUUUUACUGUUUAUGUCACAGAUCUUCAGGUGAAUGCAGAUGUUGACAGGGUGACUGAAGGUCAGAAGGUCACGCUCACCUGUCACACCAGCUGUCCUGCAAACACACAAUCCUUCAUCUGGUUGAAGAACAAGAACACACAAGGUUUGGAUCUUCAGCGCUUCAGAAAUCAACUGUGUUUUGACCCGGUCAGCCGUGAACAUACGGGCAGAUAUUCCUGUGCUCUCAGACACUAUAAAUCAUUCUCAUCUGCUGAGAGAUUCCUCGAUGUCUCCUAUGCUUCAAGAAUCACAACAGUGUCAUCAGUGAGAUCUUUAGAGACGCGUGCCGUGACUCUGACCUACAACACACUCUCACCACUGCCAGAUGUGAUGAUUGACAGCACUGGAAUCAUCCUUCUCUCGUCUCUACUGGUUCUUCUGACGCUGAUGCUGAUUGGUGCGGCUGUAUGGAGGAGACGUCGUGAAGGAAACGAGUCACAGGUACAAAGGUGCACUUAAACUUUACAGUAACUUUUCAAAUGAACAGCA